AGCCCUGGGCGCGCUGCGCCCCGGAAGCGGAAGUGUGCCUCCCAGUCUGCGGAAUCGGUGUGUACUCGGUGGUCCUGAAAUCCACGGGAGGCGCUUUGCUUCUCGUCUGCGGGCACUCGAGCGCCUCGCCCCUGGCGGGUGGGAGUGCAGAGACGGCAGUGCGAGAUGAGCACCAUGUUCGCUGACACGCUGCUCAUCGUCUUCAUCUCCGUGUGCACGGCCCUGCUCGCCGAGGGUAUAACCUGGGUCCUGGUUUACAGGACAGACAAGUACAAGAGACUGAAGGCCGAAGUAGAAAAACAGAGUAAAAAAUUGGAAAAGAAGAAGGAAACAAUAACAGAGUCAGCUGGUCGACAACAAAAAAAGAAAAUAGAGAGGCAAGAAGAGAAACUGAAGAAUAACAAUAGAGAUCUAUCAAUGGUUCGGAUGAAAUCCAUGUUUGCCAUUGGCUUUUGUUUUACUGCCCUAAUGGGAAUGUUCAAUUCCAUAUUUGAUGGUAGAGUGGUAGCAAAGCUUCCUUUCACCCCCCUUUCCUAUAUCCAAGGCCUGUCUCAUCGAAAUCUGCUGGGGGAUGACACCACCGACUGUUCCUUCAUCUUCCUGUAUAUUCUCUGUACCAUGUCAAUUCGGCAGAACAUCCAGAAGAUUCUUGGCCUUGCCCCAUCACGAGCUGCCACCAAGCAGGCAGGUGGCUUUCUUGGCCCUCCACCUCCAUCUGGAAAGUUCUCUUGAAUCCAAAAGAACCCUCAGAUUCCUGUCAUUCUUUUUAGACUUUCAGAUCAGACUGGCACCUGUUUUAUAGCAAGAGCUGUGGGUGGCCUUACACAUGGGCCACUUCCUCGUUUUGAGUUAUUUUUACACUUUUUGGAUAUGAUUUGAAUGAGAAUGGCACCCAACAAACAUGAUUGUACUUUCAGUCACCCAUUAAUUUUUUUUAAUAUGUGUGUUGAUUAGGUAAGUUCAGUUGAAAUGUAUAAUGAGAAACAAAUAGCACCUUUCUUGUUUUUAUUCCAUGAGUAUUUCCUGUGUGACUGACCCCCAAGUCUGUGCUGUGCGCCUUGUAUCCUGGACGUGGCUCUUAGGAGCAUUUAGAGAUCUGGAAGAAAAAUUUAGUUUGUGUGACUCCCAAUUGGAAUUACUUGUUUUUUUCAAGCCAGAUGUACUACCUGAGAUUAAUAAAGAGGCCAAAAUUUUAGCUAUUUCAUCUACAA